AGUUUCAUACUUGGCAUUGAAAUUGUAUAUUUAAUUUACAUUUUCAGGUUUGGACUUUAGUAUUCCUGGCAAAAAAAAAAUGAAAAGCAUAAAUUUAAUGAACGCUGUAAAAAAGAGAGUCCCAAUUGUAACUUGGCUACCUAAAUACUCUUUUGAUGAUACUCUUGGAGAUCUAGUGGCUGGAUUAACAAUUGGAUUAACACUCAUCCCUCAAGCUAUAGCUUAUGCUGGUUUAGCCGGUUUGGGACCACAAUAUGGAUUAUACAGUGCAUUUGCUGGAAGUUUCGUUUACAUAGUUUUUGGAACUUGCCCGGAAGUUAAUAUCGGGCCGACCGCCCUUAUUUCCUUAUUAACUUUUACUUACGCAAGGGGGAUUCCUGAAUAUGCUGUUCUUUUAUGUUUUCUCUCAGGAUGUGUAACAAUAAUCUUUGCAGUUCUAAGAUUAGGUUUUCUUGUUGAAUUUGUGUCUACCCCAGUCGUUUCUGGUUUUACUUCAGCAGCAAGUAUAAUUAUAGCUUCCAGCCAAUUGAAAGGCUUAUUGGGCUUGACAAUCCACGGGGAGAGUUUCUUAGACAUUUGGAGAGAGCUUUUUUACAAAAUAGGGGAAACCAAGAUUCCAGAUUUGGUACUCUCCUGCUGCUGUAUAGUUAUCCUUUUGAGUUUAAAAUUCAUCAGAGAAAUAGAGACUUCGAACAGAUUCCUCAGUAAAUUUUUUUGGUUUCUUGGGACCGGAAGAAAUGCAUUAGUCGUUCUUCUUUGUGCGACAGCCUCCUAUAUUUUUGAAAGUCAAUCUACUGUUCCAUUUAUUUUGACUGGACAGAUGAUUGCCGGAUUACCAAAAGUAGAACCGCCACAAUUUUCUCUUAAUAAUGGAAAUCAAACUGUUGACUUUCUUGAAAUAUGCCAGAAUUUUGGAUCUGGAGUUAUAGUCGUGCCACUGAUCUCAAUUAUAGGAAAUGUAGCAAUUGCUAAAGCAUUUUCUCGUGGCAAGGCUUUGGACGCGACACAAGAAAUGUUCACCUUGGGAGUUUGCAAUCUAGUCGGGUCCUUUUUUCACUCAAUUCCCGUCACUGGAUCUUUUUCUCGUAGCGCUGUGAGUAACGCUUCCGGGGUGAGAACUCCUUUAGGUGGACUUUAUACCGGUAUUUUAGUUAUACUGGCACUGAGUUUAUUGACUCCGUAUUUCUAUUACAUUCCAAGAGCAACAUUAAGCUCUGUUAUCAUUUGUGCUGUUAUUUUUAUGGUUGAUAUUGAACUCGUAAAAUCUGUCUGGAAAAGCAGCAAAAGAGAUCUAAUUCCAGCGAUUGUGACUUUUUUGUCCUGCCUUUUUGCGGGUGUUGAAUUAGGAAUUAUGGUCGGUGUAAUAAUCGACAUUUUAAUUCUCAUUUACUUCAAUGCUAGACCUACAAUGUAUAUAGAAUACAGAAAUAUGCAAUCGUCUUCUUAUGUUAUUGUGAGACCAAGCACAGGGCUUCUUUUUCCGGCCGUAGAUUAUCUUCGAACCUAUUUGACUGAAUGUUUAACAGAAAAAAAACGUCAGCCUCGGAAAAGUCAAAUGAAUAUUGUGCUCGAUGGUCUGCACAUUGAUAGAAUAGAUUUUACAGCCAUACAGGGAAUCAAUUCGGUUGCCAAGGAUUUGAAAGAAGUGGGUGGUCGAUUGAUACUUUUGAAUCCAAAGGACGAAAUUUUGAUGAGUAUUCAAUCAUAUAUUAAAGAAAAUAUUUUGGUAGCUCGGACGGAUUCCGAGUUGACUGCCGCACUGAAAAAAGUCGACGGUUUUUUACCUAAUGUUGAUAAAAAUAUAAAAUCUUCAGAGAUGUUCAACGGAAAGACAAUAAUUAGGAUUACUGACACAAAUAAUGUUAGCACAAAUUUAUGA